AAUACUAAGUUUGGAGGGUGGGAUUCUGCAUAGAAGAGUAGUCCACGUUAAAAAUCACAAUCUGGAAUUCUGGGCGUUCCUGCGUUGAAUUUCACGGAGAAGGCCACAAAAUCCAUCAACGAGAAUUGUUCGUUCAUCUUUCCAAUUCCAGCCAAUUCCUCAGGCCGUUACCCUACAACUAAAACUCUGUAAUUGACUUUAUCUUCAAUUCGUUUCUCGUUGAUUUUCGUCUACUUCCCUCUCCCAAAUGAUCACCGGCGGCACAAAGAAGAGGCUUCGCGCCAUCCCCACUCGAAAAAGUACUUCCAGCUGUGCCGUCAUUGACGGUUCCUUCUCUGAUGAAUCCCUCUGUGUAGUUUUCCAAAAACCUCGUACCUGUCGUUCUCCCUGCAUUGGCGACAGUAGCGCCACCACCCCCUUUUUCAAUGACUCUUCCACCGCCGACGUCAUCCUCCGCCUUUUCGUCGAUAGCGCCUCUCCGCUUGGAUCUUCAUUUUCCUCCGAUUCUGGCUCCGUCGACCCCGCCGUGUCUACCUCCGACCUCCACGUGUACCUUCACUCUGACAUUCUUCGCCGCGCUAAAUACUUCUCGGUUAUUCUAUCGGAUCGAUGGAGUGGCCAGUCUCGUCCUCAAGAAUCUGAUGGUUUGUUGAAGCUUAAUCUUGGUGUCCCACUUGCUUCGGGUGCCAUUCAGUCUCAUCUGACGGUGCUGGAAUUGCUUUACACUGAUGAUUUUGCUAAUACCAUCGAUAGUGCGUCGACUGCUCUUGAUCUUCUUCCAGUUGCCCUAGAAUUGCUAUUCGAGGAAUGCGUUCGUUCGUGCGUUACUUUCCUGGAAGCAGUGCCUUGGUCCGAAGAGGAAGAGAGGAGAGUGUUGAAUUUGAUCCCUUUCCUUCGUGAGGAAGAGUCAAAAGAGCUUCUUGCUAGGGUUUCUCCUGCGAGGGAAGAUUCUUGCGAAGUGAUGCUUGAAGGUUUGAUUUCCUCUGCUAUUCACAAUUAUCAGAACACGGCAUUUGUCAAGGCGUUUGUGGCCAAGAUUCUGCGGGAUUUCUCUUCGAGGGAAUCAGCCAAGAGAGUGCUGGAAAAGGCGUUCAACGCGUCCUUGCAGACAGCGAAGGAGUGCUUGGAGGAGUAUUCCAGUCCCGAUUUUAGAGGGGGGCAUAACGAAACAGAGGCGUUACAGAGAUCGAAUUUACACGAAGCGAUGACGCGUGGGAGGCAUUUGCAGUGGUUGCUGGACAGAAUGAUCGAGCUGAGGGUGGCUGAUGCAGCCGUUAUAGAGUGGAGUGAGCAAGCGGCGUUCACAGCUGAUUUACAGAGGGCGUUCCGGGAUGAUGCCUGGAGGAAUAUUGUCCCGGGUCUUCCUGCGGUUUUGCUUCGGUGCACUUACAGGUUAGCGAAGGCUGUCUCUGCGGGCGCUAUUUUGGCUGCUAGACAGGUGAGAAGGAAGCUUGUGGAAGGCUGGCUUCCUGUUCUGGUUGUAUGCAAAGACAGUGUUUCACCAAUGUCACCCUACAAAGCAUUGUAUCUGGAGCUCGAGGAAACGUUCUUGAGAAUUAUCUCCACACUUCCUAUGUCAGAUGCUCAAGAAUUGUUGCCGAAGUGUCUCAGCUUCUCAACCCGAAAUGUCGAAGAUUGUCCUCACCUGGUCACAGCAUUCAAUACCUGGUUCCGGCGUGCAGCCCAACCUGUGAAACCAGACUAUGCUGAUAACCCUGGUGAAUGAGUGGCUGCUACCAUGCGUCUUUGUUGCCUGCCUUCUGAUAAAGUGUUGUGCAUUUGGAUACCGAGUGAUUGGGAGGUGUUUUAACAGCGUAUGGCGCGUGUAUAUAUAUGUGUAGAUAUAAACUAACAAUCAUGUAGGUUAGCUGCUGGCCCCUUUGACAUUAUCUUUGAGUCUGCUCUUGUAUGCUCCUCACUACUUUGGUAAUGGUCUGAUCUGACUGUUUUCCGGAUGGGUGUACGGCUAUCAAGUUGCGAACACAGUUUGCCUGUUUGUUCUUUCUUCCUAUUUCUAGACAAUCACUCCCUAUUUAUAAAAGGUGAUAUCAUAGUUAGAAUCAA